CCCACCUUCUUCAUCUUCGAAUGUCACGUCCAUGCAGCCUCCUGCUUCCACCGCGUCGUCCUCGUCAUCUACGAUGCCACAUCAAAGCUCCAAGAAGUCGCGCAACUCCAUGGAGUGGUCCAGGGGAGGCCAUGGAGCGAGUACCCAGGGAACGGGCCUCGUUCUGGGGUUAGGACAAGGACAGGGCCAGGGUGCCGGAGCUGCAGGUGGAAGAGGGAAGUUGUCUUCAUUGGAGGAACAGCAAAUGCAAAGGCAUGAGGAGCUGUUCAGCUCACUGAAAGAUGAACUAGGCUUAAAAGGAGACUCAAGUCCUUCCUCCUCCUCUUCCUCCUCUUCCUCCUCAUCCUCCUCUGUUCGAAGACAUUCCUCACAUCCCUCCAAAAGCCUCCCUCUCCCAGAUGGUGGCCAUUUUAGAUCCUCCAACACGGAAGGCGGCCAUUUUAAGUCUUCCACUAACACAGAGAGCGGAGGACAUUUCAAAUCUUCCCCGUUCGAAAAUGAGGCGGGCUCUCACCUCUCCUCGUCCUCCUCACCAUUGGCUUCCACAUCUGUUCUGACCACACCCACUCCUGGGUUAACCACCCCCACUUCUGGACUGACCACGCCCACCUUCCCGCCGGGUAGCCUAUCGGGGAAGCCGAUUGCGGUCCAGCAGAAGCCCACAGCGUAUGUUCGACCAAUGGACGGGCAGGACCAGGCUCCUAGUGACUCUCCGCAGCUCAAGCCCCCUCUGGUGGCCACUGAGGGCUACAGCAACAGUCAGGCUUACGGAGGAAACGGCGUCAAUGUGAAGAAUAAGCUGCCCAAGUUAAGCCUCAGCCACACAGGGGAGGUAAGAGAUCAUGAUGUCACCUGGUUGGAUUCCACUGCCAGUCAAAGUACAGCUUUGACAUCACAAUCACUUUGAAAUUUGUCGGUCAUUGUGAGA